CGUGUUAUCUCGGUCUUCCGCACGAUUUGUACGUAAGCAUGCAACAAAAACAAUAAAAUUUUGUUGGAAAAGAGUGUCAAUAUCCAACAAAUAGAUUCAAUUUGCCGUCAUUUGAAGAAAAUCAAAAAGUUUUGCGAGCAAAUCCGUAAAUUAAUAAGGAGAAUAAAUUUUGCAAGCAAAUUGAAGUGCAAAUUAUUGGAGUGCGUAAAUCAGACAACGUCGCAAUACCUAUAUCGUAAUCCAAGGUGAAAUAAUUGCAGAAACGAGGCACACAACCAAAUUUGUGGAGCUGUCACUGUAGUCCGUAUAGCAGGUGCACCACAUACAGCCGUUAGCAUGCCUGGAACGGCAAUCCAGAUAAUAAACACAUCGGAGGAGCACACUUUUGUGCUAAACGAAGAUGCUUUGAGCGAAGUGUUGAUGCGCGAUGAGGUGAAAGAUCGUUUCGUCUGCGUCGUGUCGGUGGCUGGGGCGUUUCGCAAAGGCAAAAGUUUUCUGCUUGACUUUUUCCUGCGCUAUCUAUACUCCAAGUAUGUGCGCCAUGAUGUGGUAACCGAUUGGAUUGGUGAUGAGAACGAACCGCUGACAGGUUUUUCGUGGCGCGGCGGUUCCGAACGUGAUACCACCGGCAUACUAAUGUGGUCCGAGAUAUUCCUGCACGAUUACCCGAACGGCGACAAGGUGGCCAUCAUUCUACUCGACACACAGGGUGCAUUCGACAGUCAGAGCACGGUGCGCGAUUGUGCAACCGUUUUUGCGCUCAGCACAAUGCUCUCGUCCGUGCAGAUAUAUAAUUUGUCACAAAACAUACAGGAGGACGAUCUGCAGCAUUUGCAAUUGUUCACAGAAUACGGUCGCUUAGCAUUGGCCGAUACAGGCAAGAAGCCGUUUCAACGCUUACAGUUUCUGGUGCGCGAUUGGAGUUUUCCAUACGAAGCUGAGUAUGGCGCUCUAGGUGGCGACAGAAUACUCAAGCGCCGCCUAGAAGUGUCAGACAAACAGCACCCGGAACUGCAGUCGUUGCGACGACACAUUGCAUCCUGUUUCAUGGAGGUGGCAUGUUUCUUGAUGCCACAUCCCGGCCUAAGUGUGGCGACCAAUCCCAAAUUCGACGGCCGUCUCAAGGAUAUAACACCCGAAUUCAAACAGAGUCUACGCACAUUUGUACCGAUGCUGCUGUCGCCGGACAAUUUGGUAUAUAAGGAGAUCAGUGGCCAACGGGUGCGUGCACGUGACCUCAUACAGUACUUCCAGUCAUACAUGAGCAUCUACAAGGGCAAUGAGUUGCCCGAGCCGAAGAGUAUGCUUGUCGCCACCGCCGAAGCUAAUCAUUUGACAGCCGUUGCCGCAGCGAAGGAGCUUUACAAUCAGCAAAUGGAGGAGGUAUGUGGCGGUACUAAACCGUACUUAAGCACGGCACAUUUGGAAGCCGAACACUUCCGCAUCAAAGAUCAGGCGUUAUUCCAAUUCGCAUCGAAACGAAAAAUGGGCGGCGAGGAGUUCUCCGAGAAAUUCCGACAGCAAUUGGAUGUGGAUCUGGAAGACUCCUAUGUCAACUACAAAGCGCACAAUGAGAGUAAAAAUAUUUUCAAGGCUGCACGUACGCCGGCCGUAUACUUUGCCUGUGCAGUUAUUUGUUACGUACUAAGCGGAAUAUUCGGCCUGGUCGGUCUCUACACAUUUGCCAACUUCUGUAAUCUAGUAAUGGGUAUUGCCCUGUUGACAUUGGCGCUGUGGGCGUAUAUUAGGUACAGCGGUGAGAUGGGUGACUUCGGUGUGAAAUUGGAUGAGUUUGCGACGUUUAUGUGGGAAAACUUUAUGAAACCCAUUUACCAGGGUUGCAUGGAGAAGGGCAUACAACAUGUGGCCACGCAUGCGGCCGAAGCGGCGGUCGGUGGUGGACGCACAGCAACGUCGGCAAUGAACGGCAAAGUGAAGAAGUCAUGAGAAUACGCCCAACGACCACUUCAGCAACAGCAACAACAGCAACAGCUACAACAAAAUAAACAACCAAAUUCUAAAGGGAAAACAGCAGCAACGAAAACCAACAACAAUAACAAUGUGGCUCAACAGAAAGUUACAACAAGAGCGUCCAUAUACAGUGGUGGCGACAUGGCCGGCAAAACUAUGCUCAUGCAAAUAUGGUCCCGCAUAAUGGGUGCGACAACGAGUGCGCAAAUGAAUUUUGCUCAAACCGCCAAUGCAGCAGCAGCAGAACGCCAAUACGCCAACGGCGCCACAACCCCAAAUGGUGAUGCCAAUAGCAGCAGCAGCAGCAGUACGGCCAAUAUAAGUAAUGCGGCUAGCAAUCGUAAAAAGCGAAGAGCCAAAAAGUGAACGUAAUGUAUAGAAACAAAAAAAAAAUGAAAAACAAAAACAACAAAAGAACUCGCCCAACACCCGUAAAAACUAUUGUUUAGCUAAAAAGAAAAUGCGUAUUUUGGCGCAUUCGUUAAUAAAUAUUAUAUACUUGCGUAUAGUCUUGUUGUGCAACUCCACGUAUGGAAAACAUUAUUAAAAUUACUUUAAUACAUAUUGCAUAGUCUACUUUACGGCGCGCGUAGCAGUUUGAUUUCAUUACGGAGUUCCACGAUUAGACCACAUACCACAUACUUGUCCAGCAUUUACCACUACUCGCUAACCACUAAACUAACUAACUAAUAUUGUCCAUUAGCAACACUGCUAAGCGAAACAUUGGCCCCACUGGGCCAUUGUUGUUAUUGUACGCGUACAUACAAGUUUUGUUUUCUUUCUUUUUUGUUAUAAUUACUCCGUUGAUUGUACUGUUUUCAAUGCUGCCUUGCAAAGCAAAAUGAAUAAAACUUGAUAAUUUGCCAAAAAAAAAAUAAUAAAAAAAUCAUGACAAAGCUCUGUACCAUUGUAAUAAAUUGUAAGCUUUAGCAUGAGUUUGGUUAACAAGAAAACAACAAACACUACAAGUAGUUAUAAACAAAUUCUGUCUGAAUAUCGUUUCUACUCAACUGUCCAAAAGAAAAUGCGGUGUGUUUUAUGCAUGUAAUUGAAGCAAUGUUGCGGCUGUUGAUGAAAGUCAGCCUUACCUUUAUUCCCGUUACAACAAAAACAAAAAAAAAAACAAAAA